UUGAAUAACUUUUAUCAGUUGUCAUUUGGUUUUCUAGCAGUUCGUACGACUUCUGAGAAAUACCGCAAGAGUUGGAGAUUUAUAGCCUGGAAUUAUUCCUCAGGAUUACCUGCUUUCGUUUGAAAUCGUCUUUUACUUUCGUGAAAUUCUCGAAAUGUCAGGUCGGGUCUUCAGAAGUUUAAUGCGCGACUUUUUUGCGGUCAAGUACGAUGAGAGACGGGACAAUCCGGAAGCCACUCGCCUGGAUGGAAAUGGACGCUACUAUCCAAAUUGUUCUUCAGAUGUCUGGCUGCGGUCCUGUGAGCGUGAGAUUGUGGAUCCCAUUGAGGGCCAUUUAAGUGGACAUAUUCCCACCUGGCUGAAUGGCAGUCUGCUCCGCAAUGGUCCUGGCAGCUGGAAAGUGGGAGACAUGACCUUUGGCCAUCUUUUUGACUGCUCUGCUCUGCUGCAUCGUUUCGCCAUCAAAGGCGGACGAGUGACCUAUCAAAAUCGCUUUGUGGACACUCAAACGCUGCAAAAGAAUCGCGCUGCUCAACGGAUUGUGGUUACAGAGUUCGGCACGGCAGCUGUUCCUGAUCCUUGUCAUUCAAUCUUUGAUAAGUUUGGCGCCAUCUUCAGGCCAGACAGCGGCACCGAUAAUUCAAUGAUAUCCAUUUACCCAUUUGGUGAUCAAUAUUACACUUUUACUGAGACACCUUUCAUGCAUCGGAUCAAUCCCUGCACUUUGGCCACAGAGGGACGCAUCUGCCUCACGGAUUUUGUGGGCGUGAUCAAUCACACAUCACAUCCACACAUUCUGCCCAGUGGCACAGUCUACAAUCUGGGGACAAGCAUGACAAAGUCUGGACCGGCUUAUACGAUCAUUUGUUUUCCCAACGGUCAACAGAUGUUCGAGGAUGCACACAUUGUGGCGACGUUACCAUGUCGCUGGAAACUGCAUCCUGGUUACAUGCACACCUUUGGUCUGACGGAGCAUUAUUUUGUGAUUGUAGAGCAGCCAUUGUCUGUAUCCUUGACGGAGUACAUAAAAUCGCAGUUGUCCAAUCAGAAUCUGUCUGCCUGCUUAAAAUGGUAUGAGGAUAAGCCGACUCUAUUUCAUCUCCUCGAGCGUGCGACGGGAAAAUUGGUGCAGACCUACGAAUCGGAAGCAUUUUUCUAUUUGCACAUCAUAAAUUCAUACGAGGAGGAUAACCAUGUCGUGGUGGACAUCUGUAGCUACAAGAAUCCCGAGAUGAUUAACUGCAUGUACCUGGAUGCGAUUGCCAACAUGCAAACGAAUCCAAAUUAUGCAACACUCUUUCGAGGUCGUCCUCUGCGCUUUGUGCUCCCACUGGGCGCUGGCGGGGAUGCCCCCAGUGCCAGCAAGCGACGUUUGGUCAAGUCCAUGUCGUUGGUGGGUCUAAAUGUGGGGCAACCUUCGAGGAUGAAACAUUCUGCCUCGCAGUAUGCGGAUAUCAGCUACAUUGCCACCAAUGGCAAGCAGGAGGAUGAGUCCCAAAAGGACUUCAAGCGAGCACGUUUCGAGGUGGACGAUGGCGUAAAUCUGGUCAGCCUGAAGAAUAGUCAAGCUGAGGCUUAUCAAGUUGCCUCUGGCAUUUUUCUGCGACCCGAAAUGCUCUGCGAUUGGGGCUGUGAGACGCCAAGGAUCUACUAUGAGCGAUUUAUGGGCAGGAAAUAUCGUUACUUCUAUGCCAUCAGCUCCGAUGUGGAUGCACAUAAUCCAGGCACACUCAUCAAGGUGGAUCUUCUCUCGAAAUCCUGCAAAACCUGGUGCGAGGAUAACAUUUAUCCCAGUGAACCCAUUUUUGUGCCUUCUCCUGAACCACAAAGCGAGGACGAUGGCGUCAUCUUGGCCUCCAUGGUUGUUGGAGGACUCAACGAUCGCUAUGUGGGACUCAUUGUGCUCUGUGCCAAGACCAUGACGGAGUUGGGACGCUGUGACUUUCAUACCAAUGGACCAGUGCCAAAAUGUCUGCAUGGUUGGUUUGCAGCCAAUACAGUUUAGACUUAAGUCAUUAAAUUUCAUUGUACACUAGACUCUCGCAAAUUAGAACCUUUCGAUUAUUUCUGGAUUUUUUCUUAUUUAUAUAAAACUUCUAUUCUGCAUCAA